AUGUCGGACUUGGAGCGAAGUGCUGAGCAGGAAAACCGAGACAUCAUGGAGUUCAUCACCGGGGAAACGCGGGAAAGCAUUUCGAAUAUAAUUGGCGAGGAAAUCGGCAGUGUCGAUAAGAAGUUGAUACAACCAGCAAUACCUGCUGACGAGGACGACUGCAAGCGGCUCACCAGUGCUGGUGGAUUAGGAAUCGACGACAAAGAAAUCGAUUCUUACCUUUUGAACAAUGAAGAGUCCCGGUUGAAGUCGAUGCUGUGGGCGAAAGUGAACGCUGAGUAUUUACGAGAACAACGUGGCGAAGCGAUCGAGAAAAUGCUACAGGAGAAGAAAAUCUCGAGCAAGAUCAAUUACGACGUUUUGCGAAAUUUGCGAGCCAUGAAUGGACCAGAUGAGCAGGGGGCUGAGGAUUCUCCUGAUGCUCUUCUCGCGGGUCCGUCGAAGGUCGAAACGGACAUUUCUUUACCGGGUACGCCACUUGACGGGGACGACGGAUCAGAGCGAGAUUCUGGUGCGGAGGAUGUUAAGGACUCUGUCUUUGCCCGACCGACGUCCCGAGCGUCGAAACGGACAUUUCUUUACCGGGUACGCCACUUGACGGGGACGACGGAUCAGAGCGAGAUUCUGGUGCGGAGGAUGUUAAGGACUCUGUCUUUGCCCGACCGACGUCCCGAGCGUAAGCCUAGUAGGAAAAGGAAAGCUCCGAAACAAGCGCCGAAAUUGGCUGUGUUUUCGAAAACCGUCGUUCUGGAGGACGUAAAACCAAAGCAAGUGGAUUCCGGGGGAUCGGAAAACAACGACGUGAAGUUCGAAACGCUGGAAACCGAAAGCGUUGCCGAUGAUGGAGAAUCAGAGCAUGUUCGUUUUUUUAACCUGAUGGGCUUUAGAUUGCAGACAUUUCCGAUUCCAAAGGACAAAAGUGGUCCUCAAACCAUCGAAUUGCUGACGAAAAGGAUACUUGCUUUAGGAGCUGUUCAACACGGCAACUUCUGCGUUGAUUCUGAAUCAUUCGUAAUUAGUGGUAAGGGGUUGAACAAGACCGUACACAUUUUGCAUGACACAGAACGACCAGCAACCGUUUUCACUGUUCUUGAAGGACCGCAGCAUACUUUCUGUGUGACCGGGGACCUUAACUUGGAUGUUUUAUUGGCCACUAUUACUAGUGCCCAUGGGGCGAAACGAACGCCAAAAAUUGAGUGUCGUGGGCCGAGAUUCGAGCUCAUGAAUGGUGAUUUUCUCAUUAAAAUUGGCAGCGCGAGCAGGACGCAAAACUUCCGGGGAAUUUUGUGCGAGGUUGAGUAUCAGCCAUGCGUCAUCCCGGGCGAAUGUUGGGAGCUGAUGAAGGAAUUCAUGCGAAGUUUUCUUGGGAGUUGUGUUCCUGAUAGCCCACCAGCGUAUCUCCAGAACCGGAUGUCGGAACAGUAUCAUCCGAGGGACACUGUGAUGCAGUAUUUAGAGUGUUUCCAAGUCCUGAAGCGCCCAUCUGGGAAUCCGCCGUCCAUCACCCCAAAUCCGAAUCGAUGAAUUGUUCAAUAUUCAUUACUUCACUCGCUGUGAUCUGAAGAAUUUUUUCACUGGCUUUCGUGGCUAUAUGAGCUGGGAUCAUUCUUGCUUACGAAUGCAUCGUUUGAAGACGGAUUUUCAAUUUCUGCAUAGUUUUUCUUUUGAUUUGGAUGCCUGUCGAAUGUAUUCGGGGAGAAUCUCAGCAACGCCUCUUCGGAUGGAAUUCAAUUCUUACAAAUUUUUGAAAAGAUGAUACCUGUCUUCAUGCUUCUUUUAGGCGUGAAGCAAAUGAAUUUCCGCUAGGAUUAAAUUUCCUCUUGUUUUGAUUCUGGACUUCUUGAAAUUCUUUUGAAGUAUUUUUGUGAAGGAAUGUGUAUUAUGUACGAAAGAGAGACACCUGCUGAUAAUCGUGAAAA